AUGACCGACGCAGCUGUGAAAGUUCUCGCCAACAUGACCCAAGCCGACGCACCUUUGACAGCAACUGAAGAUGCAGGUGCUGUUGCUUGGGUGUUGACGUCAACAGCCUUGGUUUUUCUGAUGACGGCAGGGCUUGGCUUCUUUUAUGGAGGCCUGGUCCGCGACACCAACAUAAUUAACACCAUGAUGAUGAGUGUGGUCUCCAUGGGCAUCGUCACACUGACUUGGGUGGUGUUUGGCUUCUCAUGGGCUUUUGGAGACAACGGUGAGCAUGGGAUUGGUCUCUUCAUUGGCAACUUU